AUGGCUACCCUCGACGUCGAAGCCUUGCUCGAUGCAACCGCAAGCAAGACGGAAGAAACCAAAGAGUCCGAAGGCCGUUUGAAGUCCGAACCAAGCGAACGCAAAGACCGCGAUCGUUCUUCUGACCGCUCACGACGCGACCGCAGCCCCCGAAGACGAGAUCGCAGUAAUGACCGCGGGCGACGCGACCGCAGCCCCAGAAGACGUGAGCGUAGCAGCGACCGAAGACGACGGGAUCGUGGCGAUGACAGAGAAGCUACCCCGCGAAGUGAUACGGGUAGCCACAAGAGUAGGCGCAGAAGCCGGAGCCGUGAUGAUGACCGCCGAAACUCACGUCGUCACAGAGGAGGUGACGGAGAUUUCUACCGCGGUGGUCGUGGCGGCCGAGAUCGCUCCCGCUCCCGCUCUCCUCGCCGUAACUACCGUCCUAGAGAUGACCACCGCGGCGAUCGUGAUGAUCGCAGCCACUACCGAGGCCGAGAUGAUGACAGACCUCGGGGCGGACGCACGCCAAAGCGCGAUGCUACUCCGGCUUUGACCGAAGACGAGCGAGAUCGCCGCACCGUCUUCGUUCAGCAGCUCGCUGCCCGUCUUCGAACCAAGGAGUUGAAGGAGUUCUUCGAAAAGGUCGGCCCUGUGAAUGAGGCCCAGAUAGUCAAGGACCGUAUCAGUGGGAGAUCGAAGGGAGUCGGCUACGUUGAAUUCAAGGCCGAAGAAUCCGUUACUGCAGCCCUUCAGCUUACUGGUCAAAAACUGCUAGGUAUCCCGGUCAUCGUCCAGCUUACCGAAGCGGAAAAGAAUCGCCAAGUCCGCACCACCGACGGUGGUGGCUCUACCGCCAACUCAAUCCCCUUCCAUCGCCUCUACGUAGGAAACAUUCACUUUAGCAUCACCGAGCAAGAUCUGCAGAACGUCUUUGAACCUUUCGGCGAGCUUGAAUUCGUCCAGCUCCAGAAGGACGACAAUGGCCGCAGCCGUGGCUAUGGGUUUGUACAGUUUCGUGAAGCUGAUCAGGCACGUGAAGCACUGGAAAAGAUGAACGGGUUCGACCUGGCUGGUCGCCCGAUUCGCGUUGGUCUUGGAAACGAUAAGUUUACCCCCGAGUCAACCGCCAAUCUCCUACAGAGAUUCCAGGGUCAGAACCAACCAUACCAGGGAUCGGCAUUUUCCGGUGCUGGUGGACGCGGUCCCCAAGCUUCUGGCUUCGAUCGGGCCGGUGGCCGUGAUAACGACAAGGCCAACGGUGCCAGCGCCUUAGAUGAUACCGACGUUGCCGGUGUGAACUUUAACAACUAUAGUCGAGACGCCCUGAUGCGAAAACUCGCGCGAACGGAUGAGCCCUCAACUGGAGGACGUGACGAAAGACAGGUUCUGAAGCCCAAGACCGAGACUAAGCCAUUGCCUGUUAACGUCAACAUGGCUAGCCGUUGCGUGGUUUUGCACAACAUGUUUGAUCCCACUGAGGAAGAAGGUGAAAGUUGGAUCAAGGAAUUGGAGGAUGACGUUCGACAGGAAGCCGAAGACAAAUAUGGCCAUGUGGUCCACAUAUCGCUUGACCCGAACUCGCAGGGCGACAUCUACCUCAAAUUCGACAAGGUCCAAGGAGGCGAGAACGCCAUCAAGGGUCUAAACGGCCGGUACUUCGGUGGACGCAUGAUCAGCGCCGCCCCUGUUGUGGAUGCAGUCUACAGCAGUUUGUUCUCUCGCACGAAGGCUAUCUAA